AUGUCUCGCAUCUACUCGUACGGCUGGGAAGCCAAUACGCGCGCCCAGGUCCACGAACAUGUGGGUAGCGAUGUCUUCAUCGUGGUACAUCCAGGCGGUCUUCAGCUUUGCGUAGCGGAUGCUGCGGUCACGUAUGAUAUUCUGCAACGCCGCAGGGAUUUCCGACGUAAUAUGGAAGAAAUGGCUGUUCUUAACGUGUACGGAAAGAACCUAUCGACGACGGAUGACGAGGAGUGGCAGCGGCAUCGGAAGAUGACUGGCGUUACAUUCACGGAGAAGAACAACGAGCUGGUUUGGAAGCAGUCUUUGAGUCAGACUGAAGGUAUACUCAAAUUCUGGAUCAAGCGAUCCAAGCAACCGAUAGGUUCAACCCACCAAGAUACAAAAGUCUUCACACUCAAUGUCCUGGCCGCAGCAAUGUUCGACAAGGUCUAUCCGUUCGAAGGAAAGUCCGAGGAAACCAAGAGCAAGCAUGAGGGUGAUCCCUCAUACAUGUAUCGAGCUUCUCUCCCGACCAUUCUAGGCUCUAUCAUCCAGAUCUUCAUCCAGAUCUUCACCCAGGGCGAAGAAGGACUGAAAGCCUGA